AUGAGCGAACCCUUGGAACAAAACGGCGCGGGGCUUCUCAGUCUCCCGUGGGAGAUCAGGGAGAAGAUCUACGCGUACUACCUCGCAUUCGACCACGACGACUUUGGCGACACCGUCAGGCCGCUGCACGUCUACUUUGAGCAAGGCGACUACAAGAAACCCUUGCCGCCGCUCAUGCUGACCUGCAAGCGCGUCUACCGCGAGCUCCACCGGCCCGUCCACGCCGACGCCGUGCUGCGCGUGCACUCGCACGGCUACGGCGACCGGCGCAUCGGCUUCGCCGUCCACGGGACCCUGCGCUUCGAGCGCCUGCGCCGGCUGUACCUUCUCGUCGCCAUGGAAUAUCCCAACUGGAACCGGUGGCUGGCCAUCUUUGGCGAGGUGGCGCGGCGGGCGAGGGACCUGACGGAGCUGGUUGUGGACUGGGAGCCGAGACCGGGUCCGCCGAAUCCCAAGGUGUGGGAGGCGAAGCUGACGGAGAAGAAGCAUGACGAGUUUUUUGGGGUGUUGGCGGCGCUGAAGGGGUUGGAGGUUGUGCGGUUCCAUGGGGAGAUGCCCGAGGGGUGGAGGGAGAGGUUUGAAAAGGAGAUUCCUGCCAGGCUUGUGUGUUAUCGGUUCAAGUGGUGGAGGGAGACUGGGCUAGAAUGA